UCAGGAUUCAGUAGAGUUUUGGCACUGUUGCCUGGUGACAUGUUCUUGUAGGAAGUUGAAGGUAGAGACUGGGCAAAUAAAGAGUUAAAAUAUCAUGGCUAAAAUGACAGUAGAUGAAGAUAAUAAGGAAAAGGCUAAAAAAUAACAGUAAUUGGGAGAGAAAACGAAGCGGCUAUGCUGAGGGUUCUGUAUAUUUAUUUAUAACCAGGAGAGGAGGCACCGGGGAAUUAGAGGCGGGGAGCUGAGCAUGCAAGGGGAGGGAGCCGUUUUAUUAAACACCGUAUGGGUGAGCAGCACUUUAGAAAUGAAUGAGGGAUCAGUAUGGUCAGUUGCCCAGGUAUGUGGCGCCCUGGCCAGCUGUGCGCUGCUGCUGCUCAGUGUCUUUAUGGUCAGGCACAUCAUAAAGCAAAGGAGACCCAGGGGAUUCCCCCCAGGGCCCACAGGUUUACCCCUCAUUGGCAAUAUCCUGGCUCUGGCAUCUGACCCUCAUGUCUACAUGAAGAAGCAAAGUAAGGUCCACGGACAGAUAUUUAGCCUUGAUCUGGGAGGCAUAUCUACAGUGGUCCUGAAUGGCUAUGAUGCCGUGAAAGAAUGCCUUGUGCGCCAGAGCGAUGUGUUUGCGGAUCGUCCAUCUUUACCUUUGUUCCUCAAACUCACCAAAAUGGGAGGUCUUCUCAAUGCAAAAUAUGGUCGUUGUUGGACAGAGCAUCGGAAAUUAGCUGUGAGUUGUUUUCGGACUUUCGGGUAUGGUCAGAAGUCUUUUGAAAACAAAAUUUCAGAAGAAUCUUUAUUUUUCAUUGACUCAGUUGAUACUUACAAGGGAAAAGCAUUUGAUCCUAAACAUUUAAUAACCAUAGCUGUCUCCAAUGUCUCCAAUCUUAUAAUAUUUGGAGAGCGUUUUAGAUAUGACGACAAUGAUUUUUUACACAUGAUUGAAAUAUUCAGUGAAAAUAUUGAACUAGCUACAAGUGCUUGGGUCUUUCUAUACAAUGCAUUCCCUUUAAUUGGCCUUGUUCCUUUUGGGAAGCACCAGCACCUUUUCAGAAAUGCCUCAGAGGUAUAUGACUUUCUUCUCAAAAUUAUUGAACGGUUCUCUGAAAAUAGAAAGCCACAAUCGCCCCGUCAUUUUAUUGAUGCUUACCUGGAUGAGAUGGAGAGAAGUGAGGGUGACCCAGAUUCCACCUACUCUACAGAGAAUUUGAUUUUCUCAGUUGGGGAACUCAUUAUUGCUGGGACUGAAACCACUACUAAUGUUUUAAGAUGGGCAAUUUUGUUUAUGGCCCUUUACCCGAACAUACAAGGUCAAGUUCACAAAGAAAUAGACAUGGUCGCUGGACCAAACAGAGUGCCAACAUUGGAAGAGAGAUCCAGAAUGCCAUAUACAGAAGCAGUGUUACACGAAAUACUACGUUUUUGCAACAUCGCCCCUUUAGGAAUCUUCCAUGCUACUUCAAGAGACACUGUUGUACGUGGAUAUUCAAUCCCAGAAGGUACAACGGUCAUAACAAAUCUUUAUUCAGUCCAUUUUGAUGAAAAAUAUUGGAGUGACCCUGAAGUAUUUUAUCCUGAACGGUUCUUGGAUGCUAGCGGCCAAUUUGUUAAGAAAGAAGCAUUUGUUCCUUUUUCAUUAGGAAGAAGACAUUGUCUUGGUGAACAGCUCGCCCGUAUGGAAAUGUUCCUUUUCUUCACCGCUCUACUCCAGCAAUUUCACCUGCAUUUUCCACAUGGGUUUGUUCCGAAUCUCAAACCAAAACUCGGCAUGACCUUGCAACCACAUCCAUACCUAAUCUGUGCUGAGAGACGCUAGGGUCAUUGAAAGACAUUUUAAUUUUACUGAAGAACUUAAACCAGGAUUAGCGGAAGGUGCAUUCAACUUUAUAUGUUUUUGUUAUUGUCUAUACAAAUAUAUAGAAUCUUUUAAAAGCCUGAGUGAAAUUUAAAAAUGUGUAUGAUCUCUUUUGUGACAAGGGUGUAUUUCAGUAGGACAACACCAAAGCAAUAAGCUAUAUUAUAUGACCAAAAUAUAUCAGGUGGGGGCAGUAAUACUUAGCAAUAUUAUAACACAUUUUUUGUUAUUUUUAAAUAUAUAUGUAAGCUAUCCAAAGCACAAAUUUAAUUGCAUCAUUUAAUAUAAAUUGAAUUAAUGGUAAUUUGUGCAAGAACCAUUGACCAUUUUUAGUAUUAGCUAAUUUUAGCUUAUUAUUGGCUUAAAUUUUAGCUGGGUGGUGUGCCCAUUAACUAUGUCCUAGGGAAACACUGAUGUUUAUAUUAUCAAUGCCAGUAGUAUGCAGAGACACAGCAAUAAUUUACUUUUAUAAAUGGUGCUAGGAAUGUCGCCCUUCAGCAUUUCAGCAAAGCUUUUUUUUAAAAAAAAUAUUACUUUUUAAUGUAAAAGUUUUUUUUUAUGUUUUUAAAUGCAUUAAAAAAAAAGCUGGAAGUUUUCGUGUCUAAUUGAAAACUAACUAUCUCUCCAAAUAUAUAUUGCAUUUGUAUAUUUUUAUAUAUUAUUUUUGAUAUUUUAUUCAUAUUUAUAUGUACUAAUAAUAUGACGCAUAAAUAAUAUUUGAAAACUGAUAACUUUUUUUUUCUUCACAUUAAAAUGAUUACUUACAAAAGAUGCUACA